CAUGAAUCUAGAUUACCGGGAAUGAGGAGUUCGUUUGCAGGCUCAAUGAGAUGCACUUGUUACCCUCCAAUGGAUACUCAUGCUAGAGAAAAAUCCUGGCAAGGAAUAGCACGCUCCAUUUCCUUUCUACUCUUUCACUGGGGAGGAUGGAGGAAGCCGUAUUAAAAACUCUUGAUACGCAAAUCCUUGUGGAUUUUGACUUAGAAGCGAGAAGAAUAUGAAGAUACUGGUGACAGGCGCGUCGGGUUAUCUAGGAGGAAGGCUGUGCCACGCUCUGGUGAGCCGCGGCCACUCCGUCCGGGCCUUGGUCCGUCGUACCAGCGACCUCUCUGGGCUUCCUUCACCCACCCAUGGCGCCUCUUUGGAACUCGCAUACGGCGAAGUCACCGAUUACCGAUCCCUUCUAGAUGCCUGCUCCGGCUGCGACGUCAUAUUCCACGCUGCUGCCCUCGUCGAACCUUGGCUUCCCGAUCCUUCUAGAAUCUUCUCCGUCAACGUUGGUGGUCUGAAGAACUUGCUGCAAGCAGCUAAGGAGACAAAGACGAUCAAUAAGAUCAUUUAUACGUCGUCGUUCUUCGCUGUUGGUCCUACCGAUGGAUAUAUUGCCGAUGAGAAUCAAAUUCAUCCGGAGAAGUUCUUCUGCACGGAGUACGAGAAAUCAAAGGCGGCUGCAGAUAAGAUAGCUCUGCAGGCUGCAGCAGAAGGGAUGCCAAUUGUUCCGGUUUACCCUGGUGUAAUUUAUGGUCCUGGCAAGCUUACCACGGGCAAUGUUGUUGCUAAAUUAAUAAUUGAGCGGUUUAAUUGGAGAUUACCUGGUUACAUUGGCAGGGGAAAUGAUAAGUUUUCCUUCUGUCAUGUCGACGAUGUAGUAGAGGGUCAUAUUGCAGUAAUGGAGAAGGGUCGACCAGGGGAAAGAUAUUUACUCACAGGAGAAAAUGCAUCAUUCAGGCAUGUUUUUGAUUUAGCUGCCAUUAUCACUGGAACUGGUAGGCCUAAAUUCAACAUCCCUCUAGGUCUGAUUGAAGCUUAUGGAUGGGUUUCUGUUCUUAUUGCUCGAAUUACAGAAAAGCUUCCUCUCAUUAGUCCCCCGACUGUGAACGUUCUACGACACCAGUGGGCAUAUACUUGUGACAAGGCGAAAUUGGAGUUGGAUUACAGGCCUAGAAGCUUGAAAGAUGGGCUAGAAGAAAUGCUCCCCUGGUUGAAGAGCUUGGGCAAGAUAAGAUACUAAAAACCGAUUAAGGCCGAGAACAGUAUGUGAUGGAAUGCUGAGACAAACCUGUGUUCCGUUCGUUGUUUGAUGCCGUGUAGAAGUAGAGCAUCAGCUGGUAAUGGCGUCAAUAAGAAACUGGCUCACUUUCUUUGAGUUAAUGAAUAAAGUACCAUUGAUGUACAAUGCUUGCU